CCAGCCGCCUCCACCAUGCCGCCCAAGUUCGACCCCAACGAGAUCAAAGUCGUGUACCUGAGUUGCACCGGAGGUGAGGUCGGCGCCACAUCCACCUUGGCCCCCAAAAUCGGCCCCCUGGGUCUGUCUCCGAAAAAAGUUGGUGAUGAUAUUGCCAAGGCAACCGGUGACUGGAAAGGCCUGAGGAUUACAAUGAAGCUGACCAUCCAGAACAGACAGGCCCAGAUUGAAGUGGUGCCCUUUGCCUCUGCCCUGACCAUCAAAGCCCUCAAGGAGCCACCAAGAGAAGGAAAGAAGCAGAAGAACAUUAAACACAGCGGAAAUAUCACUUUCGACGAGAUCGUCAACAUUGCCCGACAGAUGCGACACAGGUCUUUAGCCAGAGAACUUUCUGGAACUAUUAAAGAGAUCCUGGGUACUGCACAGUCUGUGGGCUGCAAAGCAUCAAGAGAAAAUAUUUCAAUAAAAGACCAUCUGAUAACCAAAAAAAAAAAAAUGCCUUAG